CCUAGCGCCCCAGUACUCUUACAUUAAAACCACCCACUUCUAAUUAUUCUACCGUACUUUACCUUACUAUGAAUAACAGUCAUAUUACCCAUCUGAUCCUCUCUCUUUUCUACAUCGGAUUGACUGCCCAGACUGAACUGGACACAGAUGAAGUGGUUCCCAGGCUGCUCUCCGGACAGGAGACGCACCUGUCCUCCGACCACACUGUGCUCACGCUGCGGCGCCGUGGUCAGCGCUCCUUGGACACCCCGGGGGGCGGACACUCUGACCCGGAUAACAUAAUUCUGUUACUGCCUGCUUUUGGAAGGAAUCUGUACUUAAAUCUGACGCGGGACAGCACGUUUCUCUCGGGGGAUUUCGUGGUGGAGGAGAGGCGCAAGGAUCAGAGCGCAUCGAUGAGCCGGUUAUCCAGGAAGCAGCUCUGCUUUUACUCCGGCUCCAUCCUCAACCACACGGACUCUCUGGCAUCACUGAGCACCUGCGGCGGACUGAGUGGGCUUGUCCUGAUCGGGGAGGACAGCAUGUUCAUCGAGCCGCUGGUUGAAAAUGAUCCAUCGCAGUCGUUUUCCGGACACAAACACCGGCUGCUGCGGCACCGACGCUCUGCCAAGACCGGCUCUGCUCCAGAAGCUGACCAGUCCAACUACUGUGGGACUGUACAAGGAAAGAAGAAGGAGAAGAAGUCAAAAGUGGUUGAGGAGGGUCGUGGGAAGAGAAACGUCAUUCGCCUGCAUGAAACAUACACUGUGGAGACGGUGGUGGUGGCAGACUCUGACAUGGUGCAGUACCAUGGCGCUGAGGCAGCACAGAGGUUCCUGCUGACUGUCAUGAACAUGGUCUACAACAUGUUCCAUCACCAGAGUUUGGGAGUCAGGAUCAACAUUCGUGUCACAAAGCUGGUGUUGCUUCACAGCCGCCCUGAGAAGCUGAAGGUGGGCCAUCAUGGUGAGAGGUCUCUGGAGAGCUUCUGUCAUUGGAUGUAUCAAGAGUAUGGGGGGCCGCGAUACCUUGGUACCAACCACAUUCCUGGUGGAAGGGAUGACAUCCCACCAGUGGACACUGCUGUGCUGGUCACCAGGACAGAUUUCUGCGUUCAUAAGGACGAACCCUGUGAUACUGUGGGUAUCGCUUAUCUGGGUGGUGUCUGCAGUGCCAAAAGGAAGUGUGUGUUAGCAGAGGACAAUGGACUCAAUUUGGCCUUCACCAUCGCUCACGAACUAGGACACAACAUGGGAAUGAGCCAUGAUGAUGACCACGCCACCUGCACAGGCCACUCCCACAUCAUGUCUGGUGAAUGGGUGAAAGGAAGAAACCCAAGCGACCUGUCCUGGUCCUCCUGCAGCCGCGAUGACCUGGAAAACUUCCUCAGGUCCAAAGCCAGCGCCUGUCUGCUGUACACAGACCCAAGGAGCCGUUAUCAGGUACGCCUGCCACCCAAGCUGCCAGGCAUGCACUACAGUGUGGACGAACAGUGCCAGAUACUGUUUGGAACCAAUGCUACCUUCUGCAAUGACAUGGAGCACUUGAUGUGUGCUGGCCUGUGGUGUUUAGUAGAGGGGGAUACUUCCUGUAAAACCAAACUGGAUCCUCCUCUGGACGGAACAGAAUGUGGAGCAGACAAGUGGUGCAGGGCAGGUGAGUGUGUCAGUAAGACUCCCAUCCCUCAGCAUGUGGACGGUGACUGGAGUCCAUGGAGCCAGUGGAGCAUGUGCAGCAGGACCUGUGGUACUGGAGUCCAGUUCAGACAGAGGAAAUGUGACAACCCUCCGCCCGGUCCUGGUGGGCGACACUGCCAGAAGACGAGUGUGGAGCACAAGGCCUGUGAAGGUCUUCCAUGCCCCAAGGGGGUGCCAAGCUUCAGAGACCUGCAGUGUCUGUCCUACGAUCGACAUGCCAGCAAGAAGAAGGGCAACAUGCUGACUGCUAUUAUUAAUGAUGAGAAGCCGUGUGUGUUGUUCUGUAGCCCGGUUGGUCGAGAUGUUCCAGUCCUAAUGUCUGAAAGAGUGAUGGAUGGAACACCCUGUGGACCAUAUGAGGCCGACCUGUGUGUUAAUGGGAGGUGUCAGAAAAUUGGCUGUGAUGGCAUCAUUGGCUCUUCAGCCAAAGAGGACCGCUGUGGUGUGUGUAACGGAGAUGGCCGCUCCUGCAGGAUAGUGAGGGGGGACUUCAACCACACCAAAGGAAUGGGCUACAUCGAGGCUGUGGUUAUCCCUGCAGGAGCCAGGAGGAUCAAAGUUGUGGAGGACAAACCUUCACAUAGUUUUCUGGCCCUUAGGGACUCCAGUAAGAGGUCCAUCAACAGCGACUGGAAAAUCGAGCUUCCGGGAGAGUUUGAGCUGGCUGGGACGACGGUCCGCUAUGUGAGAAGAGGACUGUGGGAGAAAAUGUCUGCCAAGGGGCCCACUAACACCCCCUUACACCUGAUGGUGCUGCUCUUUCAUGACCAGAGUUAUGGGAUCCACUACGAGUACACAGUGACUCUUAACACCACUGAGGACAGGAGCAACGAGGAGCAGAGGGAACCAGAGCAUCUCUACAUUUGGACACACAGCAGCUGGCAGGACUGCACUGUCCAGUGUGGAGGAGGUGAGCGGAGGACAGUGGUUUCCUGUAUGAGGAUAGCCAAUAAAACCAUGGAAGUGGUCAACAAUAGCUACUGUCAACCUGAGAACCGGCCACAGCCCCAAAUACGCCACUGCAACUCUCACCCUUGCCAGUACCGGUGGGUGACGGGUGAGUGGGGAUCCUGCUCUGUCACAUGUGGUAAAGGUCUACAGCAGAGGGAGGUGGCUUGUGUUUACCAGCUACAGAACGGCUCUCUCAUCCACACCAGAGACCUGUACUGCCAAGGAAGGAAACCUCCUGUCCUGCAGGUCUGCGAGGGUCGCCUCUGCCUCACUGUGUGGGAGGCUUCAGAGUGGUCAAAGUGCUCAUCAGACUGUGGUCAAGGUUUUCGCAGACGAACGGUGUCAUGUACAAACCCUCAGCGUCUAUGUGAUCCCCUGUCCCAGCCCACUCAGGAGGAGCCCUGUGAGGACCACUCAAAAUGUUACGAAUGGAAGACUGGAGACUGGUCCAAGUGCUCGUCAUCGUGUGGGAAGGGCCUGCAAUCCAGAGUGGUCCAGUGUAUGCAUAAAGUAACUGGUCGUCAUGGUAAUGACUGCCCAGUGACACUGAGACCACCAACCUACCGACCCUGUCACCAUGGUACCUGCAACGAGAAAAUCAAUGUGAACACCAUCACUUCCCCGAGGCUAGCUGCUCUGACCUACAAAUGCAUGGGAGACCAGUGGACAGUGUACUGCCAUGUGAUCAGAGAGAAGAACCUUUGUCAGGACAUGCGGUGGUAUCAGCGUUGCUGUGAAACCUGUAGGGACUUCUAUGCUAAGAAGAUACUACACAAGAGCUAAUGA